UCCUCCACAAAUGAGAAGCCAGCAAUGCUCAUGUCUGCGAUCCAGAGUAAUCGAGUUCCUCAUUCAAUCAGCUCAUUUGCUGGAAGUUUCUCCGAUCGUUAAAUACUCCGCACUGUCACUCUUAGCUGACCGCUUUUACCCUGUUCUCGUUAGAUUUCUCCGAGAUGGCAAGAGCCCAGACAACUGGCUUCUACUUCCGUUGAGAGAAAGCAAUUUACAGCUAUUUGGUCUUAUUUCAAUCUGGGUCUCAAGCAAAAUGCACGAUACUCCUCCCCUAUGCAUCAAAAACUUGAAGCCUUUGGCAGACAAAUACAUUAAGGAACAGCAUUUUACAACUAGAGAUCUUUUGGAAGCUGAGAUGACCUUUCUGCAGGUUAUUGAAUUUGGGAUCGGUGUGACAAAUAUUGCUUUUAACUUUGUUGAAGAGCUUCUUAUUCAAUUAAGGGAAGUUGCCCGAGUUGGAGAACAUGUGAAGUUUGAAGCUUGUAUGGAUAUCAUGGAUCUACUUUAUGAAAAGGAAGAAACAUCAGUUCUUUACAGAUCUCCCCGUUCUCUGGCUGCAUCCAUAUUGGUAGCUGCUUAUCUUAUUACUGUUCCUAAGCGGAAGUGGGAAUUCCCUGUUCUCCCUUGGGUGAAGUUCGUUACCUCGUGUAAAGAAGAGGAAGUUGUAGAUUGUGUCCGAUACAUUUUAAACCGUACAUUGGAGUAUCAACCACUUUGACAACGGCGAAUGGAUAAGUCUCCAUUUAAUUCAGCAGCCAAGGUACACAUGCAUUUUGUGAUCCCAAGCUAGUGGACAUAUGUGUCUAUUUCUAUAAACGCUUAUGAUCUAGUAAAAGGGUCCAGACAGGCUGGACCUAGACACCAAACAAGCCAAUAAAUUUCUACUUUUUUUGUUGUGGGACGCACUGCAACCUGUUUCUGAUUUCUUGGCAUUUUUAAAUUCUCAAUCUUCAGAUAAUGAAAACUAGACAAGGGCCUACCCAAUUGAAGUACAUUUUUUAUCGGUCGUCAUUUGUCAACA